UAUCACGUGAUAGCGGAAGUCCGUGUCGCUGCGGUUAUAAUGUGGCUUCAGAGAACGUCAGUGCUAUUAGGUUUGUUGGGGAGCAGAGGGGUACUGAGGACCAUGUGUGCUCAGGUGGACGACUGGCAGAGUGCCAAGUCAAUCUAUGAGUUCUCUGCCAAGGAUAUUGAUGGCAAUGAGGUGUCACUUGAGAAAUACAGGGGAUUUGUGUGCAUCAUAGUAAAUGUAGCCUCUAAAUGAGGAAAGACCAAAGUAAACUACACUCAGCUAGCGGGAAUGCACGCCUCCUAUGCUGAUAAAGGUUUACGCAUCCUGGGCUUCCCAUGCAACCAGUUUGGAGGACAGGAGCCAGGGACUGAAGCAGAGAUUAAAGAGUUUGCCAAAGGUUAUAAUGCUGAGUUUGACCUCUUCAGUAAGAUUGAGGUGAAUGGAGAUAAUGCUCACCCUCUUUGGAAGUGGAUGAAGGCACAGCCCAAAGGCAGAGGGACCCUGGGAAAUAAUAUAAAGUGGAACUUCACAAAGUUUCUUAUAAACAGAGAAGGACAAGUGGUGAAGAGAUAUGGUCCAACAGAGGAUCCCAGUGCGGUGGAGAAGGACCUCCCCACGUACCUCUAAAUAUUACUUUCUUCCAUAUGUUUGACUUCUGACCUCCUCAUGGACUUCAGGGUAUUGGUGUGUGUGUGUGUCUGGACCAGUGACGGCCUGCCUGUAAACCCAACAUUGGGGAAGGCAGGCCUGAUGAUCCUUGGCGUGCAACUAACCUCCAGAGCCCACAGACACCAAACCCUGUAAGACCAUAUGGGAGGGCUUGAGUUAACUAGAGCAGACACUUCACACCUUAUUUCAACCAUGCAACAGCCAUUCCUCUUCCUUAUGCAGAUGUCCUUUCUAAUGAGACAAGUUUGUGAAAAUGUCAACGUUAGCUUGAUCUAACAACACUGGACACUAUAAAUUUUGCAUACAUCUAUAAUGCUACUGAAAUUACUGUUUGCAUUUAAGUCACCAAGAGACUGAUUAUUGUACUGCAGCUUAUUAUGUGAUGAAAUUGGAAAAUAUGUGUUGUCCUUGACACUGAUUUGUCAAUUUAGAUGCACUUAUUAAAUGUUCAGCUCCUGACUUUGUGA